UUUAAUCAUGUUAUCUUUCAACAGCGUUCUUACACGCUCCAGUGGAAAUGCAAAGGGGGGAACCAUGCAACUGUGGGCAACCAGUCCUGGACUCAGCCAGUUUGACUGCUUGGCUCGCCUGAAUGUGACUCCUAGUGCUGAUGUAGGACGAAUACAGGAUGAACUCACUGAGAUCCUCGCCAAGCGUUACAAAAUUGACCACUACGAAAUACAUACAGAUGCUAACUUCAUCUUCAUAUAUACUCUUGAUGAUCUCUUGCCAGACCCAGACACAAACCCACCCAUAACAGUGACUGAGUCUUUGCCUCGUACAACUGAAACACCAACAACCACAAUUCCUCAGCGGACUUCUACAACUACUGAAAUUAUCACUACUGCAAAAACAACAGGCACAACACCCAAUCAAGUGACAACAACAGAAGUUGUUUCAUCCUUAACAGAAACAGCAAGAAUCACUACCUCCACAGCAUUAAUGGAAACAACCUUGGCAGGAAGUUCCACGACAAUCAAAGAAACAACUGCUUUAUCUUCCACAACAAGUCUUACAUUAAAUACAACUGCAUGCUCUUCUACUAUUUCACCUGAAGGAAACAUAUCAGAAAGUUAUUUCAAUGUCAAUGUCAGUGUGAAUAUCAUAUGCUCUGAUGACCCUGAGAACAUAAUUACAACCUGGCUUCAUGAAACUCUUUCUAGUAAAGGAAUAGACGUGUUGCACUUAAAAAUCUUGACUUCCUCAACACAUGCACGAAAACAAAGUGUGGAAACAAAGUCAUUUAAACUGGAUAGAAAGCAAUCCCUGCUUUUAGUAACAAGCCAUAGCUGUGUCUUUCAUGCCCAGGUAAAAACUUCCUCAAACAUCACAGAGACAAUAAACCUGAUUGACAGACUUCUGGAGAAACCAUACAGCAGUGGAGCAGUAUUCUUAUAUGCCCAACCCGAGGACAUUUUCAUUUCUUAUAUUGAGCCAUGCCCUGAGCACAACCAUCACACCAGGCAUGGGCUUUUCAAAUGGCCCCAGUUUGGGGUUCAGCUCAUCGUUUCGCUUUCCUGUGUGGGAAACCCUGAAAAGACAGCAUAUAGACAAUGUUUUCUAGGUGCAAACUCUAACAAUGCUCUUUGGAAAUCUCCAGACCUGGGGCAAUGCCAGGUUGUGGUCAACACUGUGUCAGAUCUGGAGGACAUUACAGUCACUAAUGGUAAUCCCUUCACAGAAUUUAAAUUAGAUACACAAGCUUCCUGUUAA